UGCGCCGCUAGCUCAGAGAACAUUUUGUUGAACAAAACCGUUAGUGAUACCGUCCAGCGAUAUUCGCUUGUAGUAUUUAUUAAAACAUUUAAAUCGUAAAUAAUAAAUAUGUCAGAAGCCUUCUUUGACGAAUACGACUACUACAACUUCGACCACGACAAACAUAUAUUCACCGGGCACGGAGGCAAACAGCGCACCAAGAAGGAGGCGAGUGAACACACAAACCACUUCGACCCGUCCGGCCAUUCCAGAAAGAUCGUUACGAAGUUGGUCAACACUGAGAACAACAAGAAGGCCGCAAACAAACAUUAGAUGGACUGAUACAAAGAGAAGACUAUGGCUUGCAGAAGGAUAACCGAAUUGCCGAACGAAAGGAGGACGUUAUGGAGAAUACCCGAGGAAAGUGCGGGUCGCUCGUCGUCUCAGAGAUCAAUGGAACACCCAAGGCGAUUCUUGUUCACUCAGGGCUUCUACUUCGCUCAUCACUCAAACAGGUUACGUUGUAGAUUGCGACAAAGCCAGCGAGCCGGCCAGUAACGCGCCGGCUACAUCUAUUUUGGACCUAACACCGUUCCAGUGACUGAUCUCGAAUAUUGGGCUUGUUGUAAAGCUCAGAACUGCUGUGUUAUUAUUCCUAGUUAGAUUAUUAUAAGUUAAUUUUGUAUCUUUAACUGAGGUACACAAAGGACUGUAAUAAUUAUUUUAAGGCUAAUAAAAAAUAUAGUUACUA